GAUGCAACACUGGGCCCGGCGCCUAGAACAGGAGAUUGACGGUGUGAUGCGGAUCUUUGGAGGUGUCCAGCAGCUCCGCGAGAUCUACAAGGACAACCGGAACCUGUUUGAGGUACAGGAGAAUGAGCCUCAGAAGCUGGUGGAGAAGGUGGCAGGGGACAUUGAGAACCUAUUGGACAGAAAGGUGCAGGCCCUGAAGAGACUGGCCGAUGCUGCGGAGACCUUUCAGAAAGCCCACCGCUGGCAGGACAACAUCAAGGAGGAAGACAUCAUGUACUAUGAUGCUAAGGCUGAUGCUGAACUGGACGACCCUGAGAGUGAGGAUGUGGAGAGAGGGUCCAAGAGCAGCACCUUAAGGCUGGACUUCAUCGAGGACCCAAACUUCAAGAACAAGGUCAACUAUUCAUACACGGCUGUGCAGAUCCCCACAGACAUCUACAAAGGCUCCACUGUCAUCCUCAAUGAGCUCAACUGGACAGAAGCCCUGGAGAAUGUAUUCAUCGAGAACCGCAGGCAGGACCCCACACUGCUGUGGCAGGUCUUCGGCAGUGCCACUGGAGUCACCCGCUACUAUCCAGCCACCCCCUGGCGAGCCCCAAAGAAGAUUGACCUGUAUGAUGUCCGACGAAGACCCUGGUAUAUCCAGGGGGCCUCAUCGCCUAAGGACAUGGUCAUCAUCGUGGAUGUGAGUGGCAGUGUGAGUGGCCUGACACUGAAGCUGAUGAAGACAUCUGUCUGCGAGAUGCUGGACACACUCUCUGAUGAUGACUAUGUGAACGUGGCCUCGUUCAAUGAGAAGGCGCAGCCUGUAUCUUGCUUCACACACCUGGUGCAGGCCAAUGUGCGUAACAAGAAGGUGUUCAAGGAAGCUGUGCAGGGCAUGGUGGCCAAGGGCACCACAGGCUACAAGGCUGGCUUUGAAUAUGCCUUUGACCAGCUGCAGAACUCCAACAUCACUCGGGCCAACUGCAAUAAAAUGAUCAUGAUGUUCACGGAUGGUGGUGAGGACCGUGUGCAGGAUGUCUUCGAGAAGUACAACUGGCCCAAUAGGACGGUACGUGUGUUCACCUUCUCUGUUGGGCAGCAUAACUACGACGUCACUCCCCUGCAGUGGAUGGCCUGCACCAACAAAGGUUACUAUUUUGAGAUUCCUUCCAUCGGAGCCAUCCGCAUCAACACACAGGAGUAUCUAGAUGUGUUGGGCAGGCCCAUGGUGCUGGCAGGCAAGGAGGCCAAGCAGGUGCAGUGGACCAACGUGUAUGAGGAUGCACUGGGGCUGGGGAUGGUGGUAACAGGGACCCUGCCUGUUUUCAAUCUGACGCAAGAUGGCCCUGGAGAAAAGAAGAACCAGCUGAUCCUGGGUGUGAUGGGCAUCGAUGUGGCUCUGAAUGACAUCAAGAAGCUGACUCCCAACUACACGCUUGGAGCCAACGGCUACAUAUUUGCCAUUGAUCUGAAUGGUUACGUGUUGCUGCACCCCAAUCUCAAGCCCCAGACCACCAAUUUCCGGGAGCCUGUAACUCUAGAUUUCCUGGAUGCAGAGCUGGAGGAUGAGAACAAGGAGGAGAUCCGGCGGAGCAUGAUUGAUGGCAACAAGGGUCACAAGCAGAUCAGAACAUUGGUCAAAUCCUUGGACGAGAGGUACAUAGAUGAGGUGAUUCGGAACUACACCUGGGUGCCUAUAAGGAGCACAAACUACAGCCUGGGGCUGGUGCUCCCACCCUAUAGCACCUUCUACCUCCAAGCUAACCUCAGCGACCAGAUUCUGCAGGUCAAGUUGCCAAUCAGCAAACUGAAGGAUUUUGAGUUCCUGCUCCCCAGCAGCUUUGAGUCUGAAGGACAUGUUUUCAUUGCUCCCAGGAAUGCUGUAGGGGAUGCAGGUGGCAUUUCUAAGGCCUCCCAGGCACACCAUUUGGUCCAGCUACACAGGAGAGAUGGGAGACCUGCUCAGAUGCUCAGACCUGGCAGCCUACAGCCACAUAGCAGCUGCAGCCUAGAGUAUUGCAAGGAUCUGAAUGCCUCAGACAACAACACUGAGUUCCUGAAAAACUUCAUUGAACUCAUGGAGAAAGUGACUCCAGACUCCAAGCAGUGCAACAAUUUCCUUCUGCACAACCUGAUCUUGGACACAGGCAUCACACAACAGUUGGUAGAGCGCGUGUGGAGGGACCAGGAUCUCAACACGUACAGCCUGCUGGCCGUGUUUGCUGCCACUGAUGGUGGCAUCACACGCAUCUUCCCCAACAAGGCAGCUGAGGACUGGACAGAGAACCCUGAACCCUUCAAUGCCAGCUUCUACCGCCGCAGCCUGGAUAACCACGGUUAUAUCUUCAAGCCCCCACAUCAGGACACCUUGUUAAGGCCGCUGGAACUGGAGAAUGACACAGUGGGUGUCCUUGUCAGCACAGCUGUGGAGCUCAGCCUAGGUGGACGCAUGCUGAGACCAGCAGUGGUGGGUGUCAAGCUGGACCUGGAAGCUUGGGCUGAGAAGUUUAAGGUGCUUGCCAGUAACCGUACCCACCAGGACCAGCCUCAGAAGCAGUGUGGCCCCAACAGCCAUUGUGAAAUGGACUGUGAGGUUAACAAUGAGGACCUUCUCUGUGUCCUCAUUGAUGAUGGAGGGUUCCUGGUGCUGUCAAACCAGAACCAUCAGUGGGACCAGGUUGGCAGGUUCUUCAGUGAGGUGGAUGCCAACCUGAUGCUGGCACUCUACAACAACUCCUUCUACACCCGCAAAGAGUCCUACGACUAUCAGGCAGCCUGUGCCCCCCAGCCUCCUGGCAACCUGGGUGCUGCACCCCGGGGUGUCUUUGUGCCCACCAUCGCAGACUUCCUUAACCUGGCCUGGUGGACCUCUGCUGCCGCCUGGUCUUUGUUCCAGCAGCUGCUCUAUGGCCUCGUCUACCACAGCUGGUUCCAGGCGGACCUCACCGAGGCUGAAGGGAGCCCCGAGACGCGCGAGAGCAGCUGCGUCAUGAAACAGACCCAAUACUACUUCGGCUCAGUGAACGCCUCCUACAAUGCCAUCAUCGACUGCGGAAACUGCUCCAGGCUGUUCCACGCACAGAGGCUGACCAACACUAACCUGCUCUUCGUGGUAGCCGAGAAGCCUCUGUGCAGCCAGUGCGAGGCUGGCCGGCUGCUGCAAAAGGAAACACACUGCCCAGCGGACGGCCCGGAGCAGUGUGAGUUAGUACAGAGACCGCGCUACCGAAGAGGACCACACAUCUGCUUUGACUACAACGCGACGGAAGAUACCUCAGACUGUGGCCGUGGAGCCACCUUCCCUCCGUCGCUGGGCGUCCUGGUCUCCCUGCAGCUGCUGCUUCUCUUGGGCCUUCCUCCCCGGCCGCAGCCUCAAGUCCAUGCCCACGCUGCCUCGCGCCGCCUCUGAGCUCCCUGCACCAGCCCCCUAGCCCCGCCCCUAUCCCGCCCCUACACUUCUAGCCUGAGAGCCACGUCCCUCCCUAAGUGAAGGACCUGAACUGGGGGUAGGGGGGCCUAGAACCUGUCUCACUGCUAAAUUGUCCCCAAGUGUCCCCAGACCCUGGACUCACGCCUGCGUGUUCAGACAGGGAGGCCACGUGUACCGGUGCCAAACCAAGCCUCCUCUGCCUAGGCAAUCAAGCCUCAGCUGGACUCCAAUCUGGUCCCCCUGCCCCACCCUAAACCUAGUUUCCCUGGGAAUAAUGGAGAAAGCUGAGAUGGCAGCUUAAGGCCCUUGCAUCCACAGUCCUGGUGGGAGAGAGGUUCUGGGGCAGCCCCCCACGCACUCCUACCCCUUUCCGGCCGACAGUCCUCAUCCCCAACCUGCAGGUGUCAGGACAGUCUCACAGUGACAUCAGUUUAGACACAACCCCACACACACCUGGAACCCAGAGAGCAGCAGCUAGAUAUAGCCUAGAGGGCACACACAAACACAGACACAUAGACACACCAUGGGGGAGGGGGGAGGGGGGCUCAAAAAGCCUUACACAGGGUGAGGAGUGGUGGGAGGGUUGGCACCUGCACACUCCAUCUCCUACUCGCCACCUGCCUCAAAUCUGAGCUGGAGCCAGCCAGUCCUCCCAUCGCAAAAGCUGAAUGUCAAACAGUGCCAAAUGCUAGGGCAGGGGGUAAGUCUCUGUCCCACCCCAAGCCACCAGUGUCCUCCAAGUACCCCUCACCUUGCCAGGUGCUCAUUGUAACCAUUUCCACUAGUGUCAGACCCCCAGUGGGACCACAUGCCACUGCCUGCACCCCACUGGCAGAGGAACCUCCACCAGACGUUGCCCUUCGCCUUAGCAGGGAUGUCUUGAUCUCCUGGCUGGGCCAUCCUGCCCCCAAUCUGGCCCUUACACCAGCCUGUGCCCAUUCCCUGUUUCCUUCCACCCUUCCACCCUCUUACACACACACACUCCCUGCCCCCAGGCCAAACUGUCCCUCCCCUGCUGAACACACACUUGCACACACAAUGUACACACAAAGACUAGGCCUGGGCACAUCUCUUCACAGCAUUCAUUCUGGUCAUUUUCCCAGCCUGGGGGCCAUUUGGGGACUGAGGACGGGGGAUGUAGCCAUGGGGCUCAGAUGGACUGGGAGGAGGGGGGAGGGUGAUACAUUAAUUAAUGGCUCCAUUAAUUAAUGUCACGUUGCUUGUUGCUUUCUCAGUGUGUGUGUAUGGUCCAUGCCCGCUGCCGGUGCCAGGGUGGGUAUCUAUGAUGUGUGCCCAGCCUGGAUGUCAGUUGUGUUCUGUGGGGGCGUGUGUGUAACUGUAGUGUAGUUAGGUGCUCAAUGGAGAUAUAAAAAUAAACAUAUACAGAAAAAUAUAUAUUUUAAGUUUUUAAAAAAUCCGACAAAGCAAUUCCCAUCAGGUAGUUGUCCAACCCCCAGCUGGGUCUGAUCCUUCUCAUCACCCACCUGACCUGGCUGCCCCCUCACUUGGGCUGGGGGCUUGGGGGGCCAUUUCUUUUUCUCUGCCCUUUUUUUGUUGUUGUUCUAUUUUGUACAGACAAGUCAGAAAAACAAC